UUUUUCAAUCUGAGUCUUUUGCAUGUUUGUUUCAGGAUCGCGAGCAUGGAUGAAAACAUAAAAGCAAGAAACUUCAAAAAACCAGUUACUAAGAGACCUGGUGCGAACAAAUACAAGACCUUUGUUGGAAAUAAAAGUGAAGGACAAGGAUUUGCAGACAACAGGAAAAGGAAAGUACAACAUGAAUAUUUAAAGAUAUUGAGUAAACAAAGAAGACAAGAAGAAUACCAAACAGGACAGCAGCUGAAGAGAAAUAAAGGAUUGACUGAAGAAGGAAGCUCUUCUGGUACAGAGAACUAUACAACAUAUUCCAAGUCACAAUGGCAGUCCCAGCAGAGGAAAGAAGAAAAAGCCAAAAAAAAAACAGAGGCAUUAAGGAAGAAAAGAGAAAGAGAAGACGCUCUAGCUAAAUACAAUGACAAAAAACAAGUGAAAAACAAAACAUUUUGCAAACGAACACGCAAAGGACAACCAGUAAUGAAAAAUCAAAUGGAAUAUUUGUUGACAAAAAUUGAAAAGCAAGUGAAUAAAACAUAGCAGUAAGCAGUGUUGAAGA